AUGACUAUUUCCCGGAAAAAGGCCUGUGCACAGUGCCGGAAAGCGAAGGCCGGCUGCAACCUGAGCGCUCCCCGCUGCUCUCGAUGCAUGGAACGACGUCUCCAAUGCGAUUAUGCCGGGCACGUUCCGCAAAUGGCACGGUACUCAUAUUUUGCGGACGUAUCUGUCAGGCAUAGGGCUGUGGCCGUUGAACCUGUGACUACAGCUAGCACUGCAGCAAUGCCUAUGCUUGAGGAAGGCAACCUCUCACUAGACCACAGCAGCAGCAUUCAACAGCAUGGUAUCCAGCUCUGUUUGCCUCCUCAAGCAGCGGCACUUCGUCCUACAAGUGGUCUCGAUUAG